GUUCACUAGGAGGCAGAACUCAGAGCAGAACUCACAUCUACACACGCGUAUAGAUAGAUAGAUAUUUAGAAUUCCAGAAUGGAGCGAGUAUUUUGGACACUUUGGCUACUUUUCUCUGCGGUGAUUUCGUCCGGAUCCGCGCAGGAGUUCGGCGCAACGCAGUUCGUGUGCACGUCGGUGCCGAAGGACGCGGACCUUUGCGCGGCCACGAUGCAGAACAGCGCGCCGGCGGAAGACCUGAAGAGCACCGUGCUGCAGCUCCGGGAGACCGUCCUGCAGCAGAAGGAGACCAUCAUGAGCCAGAAGGAGACCAUCCGAGAGCUGACGGGAAAACUGAGCCGCUGCGAGGGCGCACAGGAGGACGGAGGGGGAGCGCAGAAAGCCGGGGGACGCAGGAAGGAACCGGGCAAGAACACCAUGGGGGACGUGUCCAGAACUUCUGGGGACACUCUGGCGCAGCUCGGGCUCACUUUAGCCACCCUCAAGCAGAGGCUGGAGAACCUGGAGCAGUACAGUCGGACAAACGGCUCGGUGCAGGCCAACAGUCUGAAGGAUUUACUGCAGAAUAAAAUCGAUGACAUGGAGAAGCAGGUUCUGUCCCGAGUCAACACACUGGAGGAGAGUAAAGGGGGAGCGAGUAACGACACGGAGCAGCGCAACCGUGUGGAGUCGACACUGAGCACGCUACACCACCGCGUCACUGACCUGGAGAAAGGUCCUAAAGGCACCAGACCAGCAGAUAAGUUCCAGCUCACGUUCCCGCUACGCACCAACUACAUGUACGCUAAAGUGAAGCGCAGUCUUCCGGAGAUGUACGCCUUCACACUGUGUCUGUGGAUCAAAUCCAACGCCUCGCCCGGAGUGGGAACGCCGUUCUCCUACGCUGUGCCGGGACAGUCCAACGAGCUCGUGCUCAUCGAGUGGGGAAACAAUCCCAUGGAAAUCCUCAUCAACGACAAGGUUGCAAAACUGCCCUUCCUGAUAAAUGACGGGAAAUGGCAUCACAUCUGCAUCACAUGGACGACACGUGACGGCGUUUGGGAAGCGUUUCAGGACGGUGUUCUGCGUGGAACCGGAGAGAACCUGGCUCCGUAUCAUCCUAUCAAACCCAAUGGAGUUCUGGUCCUGGGCCAGGAACAGGACACGCUGGGCGGCGGGUUUGACGCUACGCAGGCGUUCGUAGGCGAGCUGGCGAAUUUCAACGUGUGGGACAAAAAGCUGUCGUCUGUUGAGAUCUACAAUCUGGCAACCUGCAACAGCAGAGCACAAACGGGCAACGUUCUGUCCUGGUCGGAGUCGAACAUCGACGUGUUCGGUGGAGCCACCAAGUGGACUUUCGAGCAGUGUCGUCAGGUCAACUGAAAAACGUGCAGCGUGAAAAACCUGAAAUAAAAAAAAGAAAUAAUAACGAAAAACAGCACCGAUCCGAGACGCGAUAUUUCUAAAGCUUCUGUCUUUACUUGUCUUCAAUUUUGACGUUGAUUUAAAUAAAAAAAAAGAAAAAAAAAAGAACUGCACACAAUGAACUGAAUAAGAGCACAGAUUUCUAUGAAUUCUUACAUAUUCGUGUGCGAAAGAAAACAAAAAUUCUUCUUAGUCUCGUCCAGUCUUGAAACUUUUUCCUGUUGUACGUUUUGAAAAACCGCAAAACUGGCUUUGGGUUUUUUUUGUUUUUUUUUAACUUGGAUAUUUUUGCUUUUGUAUUUUCUUCUUCUCAAAUCGCACAUAUUUUAUUUAAAUUUUUUCUCUCUCUUUGUCUCGGAACGGAAGCUGGAAAGAUGUGUCUUAAAGAAUACGCUGGAAAAGGAAAAAAAAAAUUAAAGAAAAAAAUGGUCUUUAGGACGGAAAGACGGGUUUUUCCCGGACGGUAUUUUACCUCGAGAUUGAGCUUUGCUCUUUAAUGGUGUCUCUGGAUUUUGCACUGUGACUAAAGAAGUUUGUGGGUUCAAAUCCCAGAAACAACUCUGCUAUGGUUCUCGACUCUUCUGCUCUGCGCUCGGACCGUCCAGGCUGAGCAAUGGACCAGAAGGUUGUGAGUGUGAAGGCUGAGCCAUGGACCAGAAGGUUGUGAGUGUGAAGGCUGAGCCAUGGACCAGAAGGUUGUGAGUGUGAAGGCUGAGCCAUGGACCAGAAGGUUGUGAGUGUGAAGGCUGAGCCAUGGACCAGAAGGUUGUGAGUGUGAAGGCUGAGCCAUGGACCAGAAGGUUGUGAGUGUGAAGGCUGAGCCAUGGACCAGAAGGUUGUGAGUGUGAAGGCUGAGCCAUGGACCAGAAGGUUGUGAGUGUGAAGGCUGAGCCAUGGACCAGAAGGUUGUGAGUGUGAAGGCUGAGCCAUGGACCAAAAGGUUGUGAGUGUGAAUCCCGGACGUGUCAGAAAGCCACCUGUAUGUUCUAGCCCUGGAUGUUCAGAGUGUCUGGAUAAAUGUAUAAAGAGUAAAAUGAAUCUGAUGAGUUCAUGUUUGAUGGUUAUGUAAAUGUUUAGGAUCAAUCUUUUAUUUCUUCUAUCCAGUCUGUUCGGAUGUUUCUCUUUAGGAUGUCGUUCGAUUUUGCCAACACGAACACGCUUACGAGUGCCUUUGGGCUGGAGCACCGAUUCAGCAGCACACACACUUUUCAUUCAUUCAUUCAUUUAUUUAUUAAUUUAUUUAUUGAUUUAUGUAUUUAUUUAUUAAAAAAAUCGCUUUAAUUGUCGUGUUACAUUUAAAGAUUGCAGGUUUAAACGUGUUACACAGAUUAUGGUGUGUGUGUGUGUGUGAUUAUUUGGGCAGGUGUUUGUACUCUGUAAUAGGAAUGUUAAUGCAUAGCCACAGCAUGAGCGAACAAACGCUGCGUCCACGGUUUGCUUAUUAUUUUCUCCCCUCUCUCCUAUGGUUCGGGUCGGGUUUUUCUACUGUAUUGUUAUACGCUAAAAGCAUGGCACCACUGAGAGAUCUAAUUUUUGUAAUAAAAUUGUGAUAGAAAGA